AUGCGUGAUUGGAUCUCCCACACAGAGGCAACAUACGAUGAUCCCUUGGCAGGCUGCUUUAAUAACUUAUCCGCCAAUAGCAGAUACCAUCAAGGCUAUCUUUACAACUACGAACUCUCUCCUGGAGUCAGCUUGUUGGAAGAUUAUGACUGUUAUGAUUAUGCCUCGACCAUCCGGCCCGUUGAAGGAAGAGAACAGGAACCCACUAUUUACCAUGCGUACUGGAGAGCAGACUUAGCACCAGUCGGUUACAAACAACUUGCUACCCUCAGAUCGCUCUUUGCGACUCAACCCAAAACUGCUAUUGUGUACCUUUGGUCAAAUGGAGACUUGGGAGAGUCAAGCAUCAUCAAAGACAUGAAAUCAAAAGUUGGAGAUCGCUUAAAAACAAAAAUUGGAGACCCUCGAGCACUAUCUGUUAACUCUCCCAUGCAAGACUCGCCACACCUAGAUUUUAAAGACGAUAGUGGUUAUCUUGACGGAGAUCUUUUGCGACUUUUAGUGCUCUACCAGCACGGCGGUAUGUGGUUCGACAUGGAUUCUCUGUUUGUCCGGGAUAUGUCUCCACUUAUGGAGCAUGAAUGGGUAUCUCAAUGGGAUUGUUAUAUGCCAGAGAGUUUCCCUUUUAAUGGUGCAUUUAUGCGCUUUUUGAAGCAUUCUCCUUACUUGUGUGAAAUGCUUUCUGAAAUGGCCAACGGCCCUCUUCCCCGCAAGGAUUCCAUUGACUGGGGAGGUUAUCUAUAUUACCGUAUCUACCGUCGGUUGCUUCACAAUGGUAUUCAACCCUGGUCCGUGUUACCAUGGUGCUUUACCGACCCUAUGGUGUGCACUCCUUUCAAUUCUAUGCCAAACGCCUUUGUGGAAACUGAAUUUCCGACCGACCGUUUAUUACAGUCGUUUGCUUACCAUUGGCACAACCAGUGGAAAAAGGAACCCGGAUCAUUGUUUCGAUACCUCGAUGGUCUUCAUCAAAACACAACCGGAUGGAAGUAA